AUGUCCUAUAAUUAUAACGAUAACAAAGAAUAUCCUGAAAGUGAUAGAAGGCCGUCGAAUUCCAAGAAAGGAGGCAAUAGCAAUAGUGGUAGUACAAGAUUUCAGAAGAAUGGCUUUAAGAAAAAUUCAAGAGGAAAGCCUCAAUUCAAAAGAGGUCGUCAAUACGAUUCAAAUGAAUCCAAUGAUAAUAAGAAAAGAGUACGACACAAUGUCGAGGACCAACGUACUGGUUCGUCAAGGUACUCUUCAUCAUCAUAUGAACAUGACAUGACUGAUCUUGCUCCAUUACGUACCUCACGGUAUGAAGGUACCCAUUCACAAGGAGGAGCAAGACAAUCAGACUCAAGAUAUCAUCACAACCGUGAAAAUAUGAAACAACCACCAAAGACGAAAUUUAUACCCCAAUUACCAAAGGGACCUAGAGCUUCUUCCUCUAAUACAUCUCGUUAUUCAAAUAGCAACAAUGGGCAUGACAGUAUCGGUAAUUCACCAAAGGAUAGAAAUUCACCAAUACCAAUCGGGACUAGAGCACAGAUAAAUAAUCAACCUUCAAGGUAUAGAAAGAAAAUUAAACCUACUUAUAUUAUCCAGAAACGUACUUCAUCGAUAUAUGAUAGAAUAUUGCAAGUAGGUGAAGGUACAUAUGGAAAAGUCUACAAAGCUAAAAAUACAAAUACAGAUAGUUUAGUGGCAUUGAAAAAAUUGAGAUUACAGAAUGAACGAGAAGGUUUCCCGAUAACUUCCAUUAGGGAAAUAAAAUUGUUACAAACGUUUGAUCAUCCAAAUGUGGCAACCAUUAGAGAAAUUAUGGUGGAACAAAAUCGGAAUAUAUAUAUGAUAUUCGAGUACGCAGAUAAUGAUUUAGGUGGACUUCUUUUAAACAAAAAUAUUUCCAUCUCAGACGCACAAAAGAAAGAUAUAUUAAAGCAAUUGUUACAAGGUUGUGAGUAUUUACAUAAAAAUGAGAUUCUGCAUAGAGAUAUCAAAGGUUCCAAUAUAUUAGUUGAUAAUAAUGGUGUUCUUCGAAUCACCGAUUUUGGUCUAGCUAGACGUAUGGUAAAAAAUAUUGAAGAUGGCGAAAUUGUUAAAAAUGAUUACACAAACAGAGUGAUUACCUUAUGGUACAGACCUCCCGAGUUGUUAUUGGGUACUACUAAUUAUAGCAGUGAAGUCGAUAUGUGGGGGUGCGGUUGUUUAUUGGUAGAGUUAUUUGUAUCAGGUGCAUUGUUUCAAGGUACUAAUGAACUAGAACAAUUGGUAUCCAUAUUUAAGAUUAUGGGUACUCCAACAGUGGAGAUUUGGCCAAAUUUAUUCGAAAUGCCUUGGUUUUUCAUGAUGAUACCAUUGAUACAGGAGAAAUACGAAGAAACAUUUGAUCUUAAAUAUCAAACAAUGUUACCGAGUUAUGAAUGUUUCAAGAUGGUUAAAGGUUUGUUGUGUUACAAUCAAGCUGCCCGUCUGAGCGCUACAGAAGCAUUGGCGAGUCCGUAUUUCACAGAGAACCCCCAACCUGAACCAUUAAUUUUGAAGCCAAACGGUGAGACGCUUGGCGGUUGUCACGAAUAUGAGAUUAAACUUGCCAGAAAACAACAGAAAGAUAAAGCAAAAUAG